AUGAAAGCCUAUGGGAUGCCGGACGGUUUCAUCGCCAUGGCUUUAAAAAAAAAAAAAAAAAAAAGCAAGGGUGGCAAAGGACUAGGCGCCAAGCGUCACCGUAAAGUUCUCCGUGAUAACAUCCAGGGUAUCACCAAACCCGCUAUCCGCAGUCUGGCUCGCCGUGGCGGAGUGAAGCGUAUCUCCGGUCUGAUUUAUGAGGAGACCCGCGGUGUGCUCAAGGUGUUCCUGGAGAACGUCAUCCGCGACGCCGUCACCUACACUGAGCACGCCAAGAGGAAGACUGUGACCGCCAUGGAUGUGGUGUACGCUCUGAAGAGUCAGGGCCGCACUCUGUACGGUGUAGAAUAA